CUUCUCCUGAGGCGCCAUAACAGAGAGAGGGAAAGGCAGCCAGGAGAAACAGAUCGAUCUCUCAGACUCUCACUCGUCUCUCGUCUGUAAGUCUCACUCUCUCGUCUCUCUCGCAUGUCGUUACCCCCGAACUAAACCAGGCUUCACAGAGUAACAUAAUUACAACCCCCCGAAAAAAAAAAAACCAUCUCUCCCUGUCUUGGUCUACUUCGGCCAAAGGAAAACCAAAACAAACCAGUAGCUUCAACAGCUCAAUCCUGCAGCCUUUGAAACAAAUCGGACUGGGCUUUGGCUCUUAGCUCAAUCCAUAAUUUACAAACCAAAAUGUCUCUUCGUAGACCACCACUCCCCCGUCUCCUCCUCAACAACGUCUCAUGCAUGAGAAACGCCCAACAAAUCUUACGCCACGUAAAUGUCUCCCUUCACGAUGGCGGUGCACUAGUGCUAAUGGGCACCAACGGCUCGGGCAAAAGCACUUUCUUGCGCAUGUUAGCCGGAUUCUCCAAGCCUUCAGCCGGAGAAAUCCUCUGGAACGGUCACGACAUAACCCAAGCAGGGAUUUUUCACCAAUACAAGCUUCAACUCAACUGGCUCUCAUUAAAAGAUGCCAUCAAAGACAAAUUCACAGUCCUUGACAACGUUCAGUGGUUUGAAGUGCUUGAAGGAAAGCAAGGGGGGUCUCUCCCUGCUUUAGAGCUAAUGGGACUUGGAAGGUUGGCCAAAGACAAAGCAAGAAUGCUAUCAAUGGGUCAAAGAAAGAGGGUGCAGCUCGCAAGGUUGUUGGCCAUAGAUAGGCCAAUUUGGCUGCUUGAUGAGCCUUCGGUGGCGUUGGAUGGGGAUGGGGUGAAGUUGUUGGAGUACAUUAUCGCAGAGCACCGGAAGAAGGGCGGGAUCGUCAUAGUCGCGACGCACUUGCCUAUUGAGAUUGAAGAUGCCAUGUGUUUGAGGUUGCCGCCGAGGUUCCCCAGAAGGAUGACUUUGGUAGACAUGCUCGAUCGAGGUGGUUAGAAAACUCAAAUGGUAAUUUCAUUUCUUUCGUGACCAAAUAGGUUUUGGAUAAAUUACGAGACAUUGGGAUUGUGAUGACUUGUUGCCCAGAUGAAGAAUCCGAGUCAUGUUCGAGCUGACGGAAACUGUAUGUGUUGUUGAGAGUCGAUACAAAACGGCAUGAAAUUUUUUUGUUUGAUAGAGUUCAUAUUUUCUUGCUGGAAUCUUGGGCUGUAAUUUAAUUGUCACUUGUUGGGGAAAUGGUCCUAAAAUGAUGUGUUAAUUGUAGUGAUAUUCCUUCGUGAUGAGUACGAGCCAUAGUGAUGGACCUUAUGUUUCCAAGUGAUAAUGAAACAUAGUAGUAAGUUUUCUGCA